GCUCAGGUGGAGCGGGUAGCUUUCACCAAGACAGGCACAACGUCGAUUGGCACAAUCCAUCUAACUGCACACCAUAUCAUUUUCCGAUACGACGACGGAAAAGAGAAGGAGAUCUGGGUGCCAUACCCUUUGAUCUCAUUGGUCACUCGUCUACCACAAACAUUGCAAGGCCAAUCCCCAAUCAACUUCAACACGCGUACCUUUGAGACGUUCUCGUUUACGUUCACGAAGGAUUCAGAUGCUAGCGAUGUUUUCGAAAGCGUGAAAGAGCUGACGGUCUCGACCUCUGUCACUCAGCUCUACGCUUUCUUCUACUCUCCCAGCCCCCCGUUUUCUGCUAGUGAUGGCUGGUCACUAUACUCCCCCCGGGAUGAGUUUGGACGUAUGGGGGUGGGAACCCGUACAAAAGCUUGGAGGUUUACUGACAUUAAUAAGGAUUAUUCCUUCUCUGCAACGUAUCCAGCGCGAUUAGUCAUUCCAACUAGGAUCAGCGAUACGACACUUCAAUAUGCAUCGAAAUACAGAAGCAAAUGUCGAAUACCUGUUCUGAGUUAUUUACAUUGGGCAAAUUAUGGAACUAUCACGCGUUCAAGCCAACCCAUGGUUGGAAUUACCCAGAAUAGAUCUGUUCAGGACGAAAAACUGAUUGAGGCUGUUUUUCAAUCCCACUGGUCGCCCGAAUCUCGCGCAUCUAACACCCCCGUUUAUGGCGCAACAUCGACCAAUCUAAUCAUUGACGCCAGACCAACCGUUAAUGCAGUGGCUAACAGCGCAAAGGGCGCAGGAACAGAAAAUAUGGACCAUUACAAGGAUAGCAAGAAAGUUUAUCUUGGAAUUGAUCAUAUACACACAAUGCGAGAAUCCCUUGCAAAAGUCGUUGAAGCGCUGCGUGACGCCGAUUCUCUACUUGCUACCAUCAACAAUGACCUCCCUGAACAACUGCCGACACUCGCAGUUCUAGAUCGGCAAGCUCUGCGUCGUUCUGGCUGGCUGCGUCAUAUAGCUGCAAUACUAGAAGGCACUCUGCUUAUCACGAGAAACGUGCAUGUGAAUUCAUCACACGUUCUGGUUCACUGCUCUGACGGAUGGGACCGAACAUCUCAACUCUCUGCUCUUGCACAACUGUGUCUCGAUCCUUUCUAUCGCACUAUCCGGGGCUUUGAAAUUCUCAUCGAGAAGGACUGGCUGUCAUUCGGUCACAAAUUCCUCGAUCGAUGUGGGCACCUGUCCUCAGAGAAGUUCUUUCUGUCCCCUACGGAGGGUGUAAGUUCGGGAGCAGGGGCAGACGCUGCUCAAGCAUUCUUAGCCUCCGUUCAAAAUCGAUUUGCCUCACAAACCCAUAUCAAAGAGACGAGUCCCGUCUUCCAUCAAUUCCUCGAAUCCGUUCGCCAAGUCCAACGCCAAUUCCCCAACCGUUUUGAGUUCAACGAGCGAUUCCUCCACCAGCUUUACUACCACCUCUAUUCAUGUCAAUUCGGCACUUUUUUAUACAACUGCGAACGUGAACGACGGGUUGGCGAUGGGGGACCGCCCCCUUGCGAGCGCACCAUAAGUGUAUGGGACUACUUUAAUUCACCCACGGAGAUGGCGGAGAACAAGAAUCCGGCAUACGAUCCAUCUUUAGAUGAUCCCAUGGCUAGGGGUCCAGGCGCGGAUAUGGGCGUUUUGUUUGUGAACCCUAAAGAUGUUCGGUUUUGGCAUGAGCUCUAUGGUCGUACAGACGAGGAGAUGAAU